AUGACAGAAAAAUUAGAAGCACAGCUCAAAAACAUUUUGUCCGACGGCAUUCCUAUUACGAGAGUUUCUCAAGGGGCAGAAGCGAUUGUUUUUCGCACAAAUGUUCAUCCUUAUCUCAAUAGUUUUUUGACUAAUGAACCAGAUCGGUUAGAAAGUUCGCGUUUACCUCCUCAUGCACACUCUUUCAUUAUCAAAUAUCGUCCACCAAAAGCUUACCGCCACCCUACACUAGACAAGACACUGACAAAGCAUCGGACACUUGCUGAAGCCAGACUGCUUCAAAAGCUUUCUGCAGCUGGAAUUAAUGUUCCUGGUAUAAUUCAUGUGGACUUUCGACAAGGUAUCAUUUGGAUGGAGGAUAUUAUCGGGCCAUCAACAGCAAAGUCGACGGAUAUUAAGGACGAAAUGCGCGGUUCGCUAAAAAACUGGAUUUGGGAUUAUGAAAAAGAACAUGGUGAAACAUCGAUUUCCGCAGAUACCGAAGGCAACCCGCAAAACAAGUACAUCAAGACUCUGAUUGUCCGUGUUGGCCAAGAGAUUGGUAAACUCCAUAUGACAGAUACCGUUCAUGGCGAUUUAACUACGUCAAACAUUUUAUUAAGACCUAAUACUGUUCCAUUAACGCAAAAUGUAGAAACAGCGCCAAAAAAACAAAAGGCAGAUAAUGAUUUAGAGCUGGAGCCCGUACUUAUUGAUUUUGGCUUGGGAAGUUACUCGACUUUGGCAGAGGAUAAGGCUGUGGAUUUAUACGUUUUAGAGCGUGCUGUAGGAAGUACGCACCCAGUCAAUAGCGAGCUUUAUAGCAGCUGGCUUUUGGACGGCUAUGUAUCUUAUUGCCAAUCCGAUAAAAAAGGAUCUGGACCUGCCAAAAUUAAGGAGGUUCUCAGAAAACUACAAGAUGUCAGACUUCGUGGACGCAAAAGAAGUAUGGUUGGUUAA